AUGUUGGAUGUCAGUCGGCUCGUUCAUCUUACCCUUGAAUGCUGCCGUGAAGUCGGAAUCCCGACUUCGAUUAACUCGACACCAUUUAUCACGUUCUUCAAGCGGUUGACAGAGCUCAGAUCGCUCAGCAUCGACUGUUUUGCUCUACCCCCAACCUUUCCUCAUGAAGGAGAUCAGGAGAUCAUAUAUCUACCCAAUCUCACCACCAUCAAAGUUUGCAACACUACUCGCUCAAAUUCUUACGCUUGGUUGGCCCAGUUCCUUAUGCCUUCUCUACGAAGCGUAGAGAUGGCGCCCUCAUUUCCGAAUGUCAGAGUUCCAUCAGCUGCCCAGUAUUUUGCCACUAUGCGAACAUUCUUUUCGAUCAUUCCGAACGUCGCGAACGUCACGAUGACAGUUAGGGGGGGGGAUUCGGCCACAACAGGAAUCUUCCAGCUACUCCUCGAGGAAGUGCUACCUCGUCUCCAGACCUUCAAACUGCGGGUCCAGGAUGAGGAAUAUGGCUCCUCGAGCGUCGAUCAAGAUUCUGUACCGUGGUCCAAGAAUAAUCCGCGCGAUUUGAAAUUGCUGGUAAACGAGCGCUGGCAACAGGGCAGGAUGCUUUCCGAACUACGGGUCGAUCCUCCGUUGUUCCCAGGUGAUAAUGUGGGAAAGAACUACGCAUUGGAGCUCCUCAGACCCAUGGCGGAGAUUGGGGGAGAGGCAGAGUUUGGGCUGGAAGACUUGUUCGGUAGAUGUACGUCGGCAAACUGA